AUGAACGAGAAACCUCAUACUGACGACGACCUUAUGCGGGCUUGGAAUCUUCCAAGGGCGCUUUCGGCCGAAAGCCUGGCGGACCUAGACGGGGCUGAAAUGUUCCUGGCGAGCUUGGAAAGUGUUCUGAUUUCUGCUUUGGAAAGGUCUGGUACCUUUUCCGCCUUGGAAAAUUCCGACGCCUGGUUUUCCUUGGACAGUUCGGAAGUGUUAUCUGGUUUGGAUAGUUCCGGGCCGUUUUCUGCAUUGCAAAAUUCGGGCGCUCCCUCUCAACCAUCGGCAUAUUCCGCCAUCGAAGGAGGGGACGAUUAUGCUGAGCAGGGCUUGUGUCUGGAAAAAAUUGUGCAUGUGGGUGCAAAUCAACGUUUUGACCAUGAGGCUGCGGGAAAUUAUUCUCUUGCAACGAAUUGCUCCGCUGGAAAUGAUCUUUCUUUUGGAUCUUUGGAACAAUCCUCGGAGCCUCCAGGAUUGGGGGGAACACUUCUUUCUGCCGAAUGGGCUACGGAAGAGGGCUACUGGAACACAUUCUCUCUGGUAUCGCUUGAGAAUUUCAGCGAAUGCAGUUUGGAGCCUCCGAUUCUCGACCAGAACGAAAGUGAGCCACCUGUGGGUGUUAAUGGCAUGGUGGCAUUAAGCCCCAAAUUCCAUCGGAGCAAAACCCAGACCACGAAAGUAGAGACACAAAGCGUUCGGAAAACAGAUAAUUCCACAAUGUCUAUGGAAGAUAAGCUUUUCUGGGGCUGGUUUUUAGGUCUGGAACCGGAGACUGCAAAAGCAUUCGAGUUUCCAAAUGCAAGCGACCUGAUAGACAAUUCAGGAAAAGAAAAAGACAUGUCAUUAUUUUCCCAUGAUGUGCAACUGGACAAAUCUACUUCUUUGUACCAAUCUGCAAUCCCCACAACUUCAGGAAGUUCAACUAAAGCUAUUCCAGGUCCCAGCCAUUCACACAGCAAUAUUUUGCUAGAAACUUUCACCCAUCCUUCUAAGACUUCUUCGCUUUCUGCUCACAAGAAGAAAUCCUCUGAAUUCAAAAGUCCACUGGAACGCUCUGUUUUUGCACCAAUAACGCCUAGGACCCAUUUAAGCUCCGAAUAUUCGAGAAGCAUUUCUUCUCUUCCGAUGCAAGUCUCUUCUGCUGCUCCCAAUCUACCGACUGGUCCCGUUUCUAAUUUAAGGGCCUCUUUGUCAUUUCCCUCCUACAGCAAAAAGCCAAUUUUCAAUUCGGAGCAGUAUGCCCGUCAAUCGGACACCAAAGUUCAAAGUCGCCGAACAAUCCCAAAACGGUUUGUUUCAUCUGGAAUCGUUGACGUUUUACCUUCGGCCAUACAGUGCUUGAAUGUCAUUUUGGACUAUAAAGGCUAUCAAGGCGAAAUACAACGCAUAAUCCUCAACAAUAACAUCACCAAUAUAACCUUUUCCCAACACGAUGUGAGAAAACAUCAAAAGCUUUGCUUGCAGCCCAUUUACGAGUACUUCGAUCCUGGUCUGAAUAUGGAACUUGUGGGUUUUCCUCAAGAUGCACCGGGGAAUAAAAUUUCUGCCGUGUCUGGAAUUCUACAGAGGAAAGUUUACAUCCGCAACAUCUCAAUGGUUCUAAACACGGUGUCUCUGAUUCUGUAUGUGGAGCUGUCGAAAUUCAACAUUAAUCUACCGUACGAACCUCAAAUACAUAGGUACGAGUUGGAUAGUCGGGGUGCAGUGGUGAACGAAACAAAGUGCGGUCUAUGUCCCUUUUGUCCGGCAAUCAAAUUCUUGCCAUUCAAAAACUCCAGCUAUCUUUCCCAUUUGACCUUGGAACACGGCGUGUAUGCCAAUAAUUUUGUGGUGCCUGAGGGGUUGUAUUACGGCAAAUACGUGGUUACUCGAAAUGUGGAUGUGCACAAAACUCGAACCGUCAAAGCAAUUCAGUGUCCUGCUUGUUUUCAAGUGGUGGAGGUGUCGUGUUGGAAGAAUAAAACCAAUCCUCUUUUAAGCUACUUCCGCCAUUUCAAAAAGAAACACCAAAAUUUGACCAAGACAUUUAUGAGGAGUACAGUUGAUGUGGUGCAUUGCGAUGAAUAG